AUCCAAUUUAUGAUUUACCGAUUUUCUGAAUGUUGAAUAAAUGUCGCUGGACUCAUAAAAAAACGAUAAAAUAAAUUAAAUUAAAUCUACGUACUUUUAAUGGUUCCCAAGUAACAUUGUGUGUUGAUAACGAAUAUGAAAAUAUUUGUCGCAUAUUUAGUUACACUAACUAUAUUCGCUGAAGCUUAUGAACCUUCGAUAAAAAUAUAUGAAAUCCGAAGAGCAAGACAUGAAACCGCCGAUGAUCAUUAUUAUCCUAAUGACGUGAAAAUGACAUCACAAAGUCGUGAUGGCAAUGACGAUGUAAUUGGAAAGCUGAGAAACGGCAUAAUCAAUAAAUUUCAACGAAUAUCAGAUUUUAGUGAUGAAGAUUAUGAUUAUACACAACAGGAAGAAUUCGAUGACAAAACUAGAAGUGUGCCCGUAUUUAUUGUUUCCAACGAUAAAUCUUCUAAUCAGAACGAUAACAAAUUUAACCAAACUUGAAUAGAGCAGAUAAUUGAAGACGUUCGUUUAGAAAAUAUACCUAUUAAGGUUUGGCCGAAAAUUGUAGUGGACUAACACGAUUUCUGGAAACAGUUCAAAAUUCGAACAACGAACUUGUUAAUACAGCUCGGGUAUUCCCUGCAAAUUUGUUUUUAAAAAUCUGGUCGAAAGCUUAUCAUACUCAAUAUGAAUCGACUAGUUUCCUGAACUAGCCAGAUAUGAUUUUUUUGUUUUAAUUUUAUUGAGAUUUGUUUAGAAUAUUUAAAAUAUUUUUUGUUCAAAAUGAUUUAAGCCCAAUAAUUUAUUUAUUGAAUAUUCGGCGUUCUAACCAUUCUUUACUUGACGUGAUCACGUCUAAUAAUAAAAAGAAUUUUAAAUUUAAAAACUUAAUAAUAUAAUAGAUAGAUUGAAGUAUCAGCAACAUGAACGGUUUUUGAAUACUAUUAUUAUAAAGCCUUAAGUUUUGCCUCCUGUUACAUAUCGAAAAAAAUGUUUUUGUAUUAAGGAAAUAAUAUUAUUUUUGUAUCAAAGUCCCAAAUCCAUAUUGAAUCCUUUAAGAGUACAUAAGCUUAAAUCCGUAUCCGUGAUACACGUCACAUGUUACUUCCCUGGAAUUCAAUAUGAAAGCAAUAGUCGCCAAUACGUGAGCCCCGCAAAUCCAGGUAACAAAUAGGUCGGCGGCAAUCCCGCGCUAUACCGCGCAAUCCUGCGACGCCGGGAUCACUGCGGCGCUUAUUCAAUUAGCGGACUACGGUCGACGAGUUCGUUCCUACUUGUACUAGAUUUGAAAUACGAUUAUAUAUUUGUCCAAAUUAGGCGAUAGUGUAUGAAUGAAUACAAUAAGAGACGUGAAAUAUGUGUAAAAUAUUUAUUUUUGCACAACAUAAAAUAUCAGUUUACUAACAUUAAAUUUUUAAAAAAAGGAGUCUGAGAAAUAGGUAAUGUUUUUAUACAAUGUCAAUGGUACGAACGUUUUACCUCUAUUUGUGUAUUUUACUAUUAUACCUCUAUGCACAAAUAAUUUUGAAAUUAGAAUUUCGGAUCUUCAAAGGCUCAAUUAUAAACUAUAUAAUAAAUGAAUGGACAGUACAAGUGGAAACCUCACUAUUACGCUAUUGUUACGCUACCGGAUUUAUUUGCUCGGCCUUUGAGACGGGUCUGACGUUGUAAUUUGGCCAACUGGCUUAAAAUAACUAUUUUUUAAAAGCAAAUUUACAUGUAAAAGCUUUGAAAAUAUUUAAGCCGGUUUUAUUAAAGGAUUUGUAUUGAAACUUUUUUGUAUGAUUUGUAUGCACAGCGUUUUGUAAAGACCUUUUA